ACGCAUUACAACACUACAACUCACCACCAGGAACAGUAUAAAAGUUGAAGAGUUAAGCCAGAGAAAACACAGGAAGAAGAAGAAGAGAAUAUGUUCAGCUCAAAGUUCAGUUACAUAUCUGCGAUAACGCUGCUGGUAUUUGCCGCUGCAUACGAAGGCGAAUCGACUAAGUUAGAAGACAUUGAAAAAUUGCUCUCGAAGUCUAAAGAUGAAUUACCCGGAUUAGCUCAGUCGAUCAUUGAUAAAGAAGCAGAGGUUAAACGACUACGAGAUAAGAUUUACAAUGAAACUGCGGGAACCGUCAACGACAACGUUGAUAACU